AUGUCUCGCAAUCUCUGUAUCACUGCAGUAGACGGCCACACUGGCUUCACUAUUGCCGAGCUCAUACUGAAAAAUGAUGACUUCAAGAAAGAAAUUGACUCACUUAUCGGAUUGACACUGCACCCUCAUUCCGAGUUUGCCAAAGAGCUAAUGGGGCUCGGGGCGAAAAUCGUUCCACACAAGCCCGGCCGAGUGAAAGACAUGGCAAAAACCCUGCGGGAUUCUGGUGCAGACACGUUGUGCCUUAUACCGCCAGCACACGAACACAAAUUCGACUUAACAACGGAGCUGAUUGAGGCUGCUAAGAAGGCCAGUGUGCCUAAUGUUUGCUUUAUCAGCUCCGCAGGCUGUGACCUCGCCGAACGGGAACGUCAGCCAAGGCUACGAGAGUUCAUUGAUCUAGAAACUCGCGUCCUCUCCUGUAAGGGAAAUCCGAUGACGGCUACAGGCCAUUCUCCAGUUGUUAUUCGAGCUGGAUUUUAUGCCGAGAAUCUUCUUCUGUAUUCCGAUCAGGCGCAGGCCGAGGGGGUUCUUUCAUUGCCAAUUGGAAAGGAUCAUAAGUUUGCACCAAUUGCCCUUGGAGAUGUAUCUCAAGUUGCCGCAUACGUCCUAACCGGCAAGGGGAAGCAUGGCUUUAGUGAUAAACACCGCGGUCAACUGAUUGUCUUGACAGGGCCAAUGCUCGCAAGUGGCGAUGAGCUCGCCACGGCCGCGAGCCAGGCGCUAGGACAAGAGAUGGAAUUUGAAGACAUAUCCCAAGCAGAAGCCAAGAGGGUUCUUCGCUCUCAAUCAACUAGUGAUACAUCCGAGCUGCAGUAUUUACUUGAAUAUUACUCGCUGGUUCGGGAAGGCAAAACGAACUACAUCUCGACAACUGCCUUCCACGACAUCACUGGUACCCAUCCUCAAGAACCUAAUGAUUUCUUCAAGGUUUAUGCCCAGGAGUUCAAGAUCAGGACUGGUAGCAAGCGGCGUAAGGCCAACGGAAAGUAG